AUGAAACUAUCCACUGGUAUUAGUCAAAAUAUAUCUUCAAGUAUUAUAAAAUUAAACUGGAUUUUAGUUCUUGCAACUAUUUUCUUUGUUUGUUGUUCGUGUAUUAAUUCAAAAGCAAUUGAUAUUGAUCAAUUUAAUGAACAUCAAUUUGUUGAUAGUUACUAUCCAGCUAUCUUAUUUUCUGAUGAUAUUGUUGAACGAGCAGCACCACGUCUUGGCCGUGCUUCACCUCGACUUGGUCGUGCAUCACCUCGACUUGGUCGACGUUCUUCAGGUUAUGUCGUUUCACGUUUAAAUCAUGCUGGUCGAUAUUAUGUUGGAGAUGAUGAUGCAACAAAUGAUUAUCCAAUUGAACUCGAAGCACGAGCUGCACCACGAUUGGGCCGUUCUAUUUAA